GGUGAUGGCCUGAGUGCUGAGGCCGUGGGACAAUCCUUGCAGGUGUUGCUGUGACUUGAAAGAGGAAGAGGAGGAGGAAGAGGGGCCCAGGAAGUGCGCGGGGAGUGGCGCCCUUUGCCCGGCUUAUCGGAGAGCAAACAAGGCGCCUGGGCACCCAUCGCAGCCACUGCCACUGCCACUGCCGUCGUCAUGUGUACGGGGGUCUGCGCCCGGCUGGUGGGCCUGACCUUGAUGGCCUCGGGCCUGGCCUGCAUUGUGGCCAACGUCCUGCUGAUGUUCCCCAACGCAGAGCGCAAGUGGACCCCCGACGGCAUCACCCUCCAGGUCUGGCUCCUGGGGGGGAUCGUAGGAGGGGGCCUCAUGGUCCUUUGCACCGGAUGCUCUGCCGUGCGGGCCGGAGGGAAGGGCUGCUGCGGACACGGAUGCUGCGGGAACCGGUGCCAGAUGCUCCGCUCCGUCUUCUGCUCCCUUUUCGGGGGCCUGGGGGCCUUCUACUGCCUGGCGGUGGCCUCCGCUGCCCUGGCCAAUGGGCCUCGCUGUGAGAUGCACGACCACAAGUGGGACUACCCCUUUAAGGACCUCGGCGGGAGCUACCUGCAGAACAAGACGCAGUGGGAGGUGUGCAUGAACCCCCCCAAGGUGGUCCUGUGGCACAUUGUCCUCUUCUCCAUCCUGCUGGGCCUGGGCCUCCUGGAGCUGCUCCUCUGUGGGAUCCAGGUGGUCAACGGGCUCCUGGGCACGGUCUGUGGGGACUGCCGCAAGGCCGCCGACCGGGAGGGCGAAGGCUUGUAAAGCCCACCACGAUUGAUCCACGGGACCUGGUCCUGGAGCUGCUCCCCUCCUUCCUCCGCCUCCUCCUCCCAUGUGGACAGACCCCCCCUCACACUCCAAAUCCCCCCCCCUUUUGUGUUUCUCUGCCGCAAUUUGCACAAGGGCCCCUCCCUUGAAGGGCCAGGAAGGAUAAAAACAUUCCUCAUCCACACAGGA